AUGUGGUGCUGGAGAGCCUUAAAAUGGCUUCCAGUAUUAUUGAUAGUUUCUAUUGUGACAUGGUCGUAUUAUGCAUACGUUCUUCAGUUGUGCAUUUUUACAAUUGAGAGUACAGUGCAACAAUGUGUCUAUCUUGUGCUGUACCACAUAUUACUAAUAAUGUUUUCUUGGUCCUAUUGGCGAACAAUUUUUGCGGACAUAAAAUCAAUUCCUGAUAAGUACAAGUUACCAGAGGAAGAAUUAGAAAAGUUAUUAAGCGCAGAUACUGAGGAGGCACAGCGCACGGUCUUAGAGAAUUAUGCUAAAGAUCUUCCAAUAGUUACCAGAACAAUGUCAGGCUCGGUGCGGUAUUGCAACCGAUGUGUACUGGUGAAGCCAGACCGUGCACACCACUGUAGCAUAUGCGCAAGGUGUGUGCUAAAAAUGGAUCACCACUGCCCCUGGGUGAACAACUGUGUGUGUUUUCACAACUACAAGUUCUUUAUGCUGUUCUUGGGAUAUGCUUUGCUGUACUGUAUUUUCAUUAUGUCAACGUGUUUGCCUUAUUUCAUCAGAUUUUGGAAGGGUGAUUUUGGAGCGGCGGGCAGUUCCGGCCGAUAUCACAUCGUGUUCGCGUUCUUCGUCGCGCUUAUGUUCGCGAUCUCGCUCGGUUCGCUGUUCGGCUACCAUUGCUACCUUGUGGCGCACAAUAGGACAACUUUAGAGGCAUUCCGCGCGCCUAUGUUCCGCGGUGGCGCUGACAAGAACGGCUUCUCAAUCGGCGCUUACAAUAACUUCAAAGAGGUUUUCGGAAACAGCCCUAACCUCUGGCUACUGCCGGUCUUCACAAGCUUCGGCGAUGGUAUCGUGUAUCCGCUGCCUCAACAAGACGAAGACACCGAGUCCUUGCUCAGUUCGGAGCGGUGGGACCGCUGGGGCGAACGAGCCCGGCCCUUCGACGAGCGAGAGAGCUCAUCUUACGACGAACUCUGA